UCAUGAACCAUUUAUUUACACGAACUUGCCGGUUGUUGCAUUCUUUUUGUGCAGUAUACGGUGUACGGUUCAGUGUCCUAUCAGCUGUACUAUCUAGCGAUUUAUUAUAUAAAUUUUACUUGAAACUUUUGUUUGAUAUGCAAUUGUUUUACCGUUUGUUACUAGUCACAUGCAUUGUGGUGUUAAAUGCCGCUGUCCUCAUUGAUGGCAAAGAUGUUUCCAAAUCGACAAACAAAGCACGGUACGAUCAGUUUCGAAUUUACCGUGUGUUUUUGGAAAGUGACGAACAGGUUCAGUUGAUGCAGCAACUCGAGAAUCGUAGUGAUAGCUACACCUUUAUGGGCCAUGCACGGCACGCGAAUCAGAACUUGACCAUUAUGGUGGCGCCUCAGAAGAUUGCUGAGAUAGGUGACCUGCUCGAGCGAUACCACAUUCAAGGCUCAGUAUUGUUGUACAACAUUCAAGAAUUAAUUGACAAGGAAGAGAUUACUAUCGGUCCAAUCGAUGCAAACCCGGAACGGUUUGACUGGCAGCACUACUAUCAGCUGGAGACUAUUCACAAGUGGUUAGAUUGGCAAGCUACAAAGUAUCCUUUCCUAUUUGUGAUAGAGCUGCAGGCCAGCUACGAGAACAAUCUCAUCAAGGGCGUCAAAUUGUCGAAAAAAGCCGGGAAUACAGCCGUUUUCGUGGAAUGUGGUAUUCACGCGAGGGAGUGGAUUUCGCCUGCAAUCUGUACCUAUUUGCUGAACCAGUUACUUACCUCAAAAGAUCCGGCGGUAACGGAUUUGGCUGACAGUUUCGAUUGGUUCUUUUUCCCGGUGGUCAACCCAGACGGUUACAAGUAUACAUUCGAGUCGGAUCGGUUGUGGCGUAAAAAUCGGCGCCCUUACGGUAUGUGCCGUGGGGUCGAUCUGAAUCGUAAUUUUGAAAGCGAUUGGAACGGAAUCGGUGCCAGCUCAGACCCAUGCGCAUACGACUUUGCCGGAGCAAGUGCUGCAAGUGAACCGGAGACUCAAGUUUUGCAACAGUUCUUGAAGCAAAAUGCGCGGUCCAGUCGAAUUCGUACUUACUUCUCUAUGCACUCCUUUUCGCAGCUUAUCAUGUUCCCGUUCGGAUAUACAUCCGAUAAGGUGCAGAAUUAUGACGAUUUGAAGACAAUCGGGGAACGCGGUUCGGCAGCAAUUCGGGAAACGCACGGCAAGCAGUACGUUUCUGGUGCGAUGAUCGAAACCAUUUAUCCCUCAUCCGGGGAUAGCGUUGACUGGGUGUUCGCCGAAUGCGACGUUCCAGUGGCUUUCACAUUUGAGCUGCGUGGGCCACCGGAGAGCACAAAUAUGUUUAUCUUACCCGCUGAGGAGAUUAUUCCCACUGGCGAGGAGACGCUCGCCGCGUAUGUCGCAAUGCUAAACACAGCCCGUGAUUUGGGUUAUUAUUCCGAAGUAAAGGGAGAGUUAUGAAGUUAUUCAAAACUGUGAUAGAGAAUAAAAGUUUUACAGUAAUUUGAAAAAUUUUGUUCUUUUUUUUCAACCACUUUCUAAACUUUGUAAGGAUAUGCCGGCAUUCACAAAUCAAGAACGAAAAGUGAGCUUGUAUCUUAAAUAAGUAAUAGAUAAUAUAAUAUUACAUAACACGAUAGA